AUGGCCAGCCCUGAAAGUGACCCGAAAGGUCACCGAUACCAGCCUGCUCAUGUCUCCGAAGUAGCCACCGAGUCACAGACUACUGUCACUGAGUAUAAGCGCCAUCCAGUGUACUCUCCCAGCGAAUGGCUUUUGGAAUCGAUAAGUUCGAUUCUUGCCCUGGCCCUUGUCCUUGCCAUUGCCCUGAUCUUUUGGUAUAUGGACAACAAGCCUCUCUCUGCCUGGAACGCCCGCGUCUCUCUCAAUGCGACAGUUUCUAUCCUGACGACUGCAUGCACUACGGCAUUGAUGCACGGGGUUAGCACAUUUAUCGGACAGUCUAAAUGGCUUCACUUCAAGGACAAGUCUAGCAAGCUUGCUGACUUCGAGACAUUUGACGGAGCGAGUCGCGGUGUCUGGGGGUCUAUCCUGCUGCUGACCACGGUCAAGUGGAAUAUAGCCACCAUCGGCGCAUUUAUCACGAUCCUACGACUUGCUUUCGCGCCGUUCGCACAACAGGUGGUUUCGAUUGAGCAGCGAGACAUCAUCUCCGUUUCCGACAUCGCUACCUUCGGAUAUGCGCACAAUUACCAACACCCUAUAUCGAGUGGAUUGGCAAACUCUGGCCCCAGUAGCUUCCCGCAGGAUCCCGGUAUGCAAUCCGCGAUCAUCCAGGGCCUGUAUGGUCUCAACGCCACGGAAAGUUUCAACUGUCCCGGGGCAUGUCGCUGGCCCGAAUCAUACACAUCAAUUGGGUUCAAGGCCGAGUGCAGGAACGUCACCCAGGAGACAUUGAAAGCGGCCACCUGCGAAGCAUUCUACAUGAAUACAACUUCGAUAAUAGACAGCAAACCCGGAUCUGAGUUCCUAGACCCCUUUCCCGAAAUCACACGAUUCGCAAUCUUUAGGUCGAGCCCGGAUGGCAAUUUCCAUCUCCGCAACAUAAACAUUACAGACUGCUCCCUCUUUCUCACGGCUUAUGAAUAUAAAGGUGCCAAUGCCAAUGGUAGUGAUUUCCUUGUGACCAAGCGAGAGGUCGAUUUCGGCGUGAAGAACCCUUGGAAAUACUCAGACCAGUCCGUCAGCAGUAUAAAAAAUUACAUCUAUACCAAUGAAUCGACAGGUGGCGAUGUUCAUAUUCCUGCGCUUCAAAUGAACUAUGCAAGUCUCACGACGCUGGAAAAUUUUCUCAAGUCCCCGUCAAUCGUUGUCGAAUGGGUCGAAGGGAACUUUGUCAAUACCGACCUCGGUCUCGCCGCGGCACUAAUGGGUGACGUGGACAUUAACGAUCGAUUCGACAGAAUGGCGACUUCCAUGACGGACUAUCUGCGGUAUGGUCCGAAUACCCAGUCUGCACGUGGCGAGAUCAUUCGGAGCGAGGCAUAUGUUUCCAUCCGCUGGGGGUACUUCGUUGUUCCGAUUGUGACUGAGGGUUUCGCCAUUUUGUUCGCCAUCUUGAGUAUCUUUAACAAUCGCCAGAGCCGCAGGGUUCCCCUGUGGAAGUCUUCGACGCUUGCUGUGCUGGCUUGUCAGCACGAGGAGCGGCUUGGGCUCCUGCGGGCUCCUGGCAAGGAUCUCGACGAGAUCGAGGACGAGGCCAAGAAGGCUAAGGUACGGCUGGAAUAG